UGAGUAGAACCAGAAGAAGAAGAAGAACAAGAAGAAGAACAAGAACAAGAACUAGAAGAACUAGUUGUGGGAGUCCUGCUCCGCUGAGCUGAUCAUUAACAGUGGAGCUUGGGGUCAGAGCAGCCGCAGGAUAGAUCUAACACAACCAGCCAAGGUAAUACUUCUCCUUUCUCCUACUCGUUCUGCCCCAGGUGGAAGCUCCUAGUCGACAGUAAGCGCAGGAAGCCAUCGGUUAGCCACACGUACAGAGACUUCAUCCACAGCCCUCAGUGCCGGAGGAGUUCCUCAGCCUCCGGGACCGCUGCUCAGACUCGGGACGUCGCCCCGAGGAAACACGGACUUGUGUUCGGCGACGUGUCAUCGAAACCGUCCACGUUAGAUGUGGAUGUGAGCAUUUCUACUCACUCGCACAGUCGCAGCUACACACAGUGAAGACAGGCUGUGGGACGAGGUGGAGAUUAUCAUCUCCGGCUUGAUGACAGCAGCCGGAUGUAUAAACCUCCAACCUGUUCGAGCCCAAGACCACCUUAAUUCCAAACUGUCUGCUGCCAAAAUGGUGUCUGAAGGAAGCUCCUUCGUGAAAGGGAUGUCCAUGGGAGGCCUCUUCUGCUUGGUGGUAUCGCUCCUGAGCAGUUUCAGCCCCAGUCCGAAGACCAGCACAGAGGAGCACCACCACCAUCACGUCAAGGCCCCGAGUAAAGACGAGUUGAAAGAGCUCUCUGACGCUCAGAUGCAGGAGUUAAGCAAACAAGUCCAGGUUUAUUGCGUCGUCAUGGUCCAGCCAAAGUUGAUUGUUUAUUGGGCGGCAGCGCUAGACACCUGGAGCAAACACUGUGAUAAGUCUGUGUUUUACACAUCAGAGGAAUCUAAGGCACUGGAGGCAGUAGACCUGAAUGAAAAAGAUGAAUGGGCAAGGUUACGUAAAGCUCUGAAGCAUGCUUAUGAGAACGCUGGAGACCUGCGCUGGUUCUUUUUGGCGAAACCCACCACAUUUGCCAUCAUCGAGAACCUGAAAUACCUGGUGCUCACUAAGGAUCCCAGCGAACCCUUCUACCUGGGCAACGUUAUGAAGUCAGGCGAGUUGGAGUAUGUGGACUAUGAGAGUGGCAUUGUUCUCAGCUACGAAGCUCUGAAAAGGCUGGUGCAUGUGUUUCAGGACAAAGAGAAAUGUCCCGAGAGAGGAAAUGCCCUGUGGAAGAUGAAUGAUGACAAGCAGCUGGCAGAGUGUCUCAAAUACACCGGUGUGUUUGCAGAGAAUGGAGAAGACACGCAUGGGAAGGGCCUGUUUAACAGCAAGAGCGUCCACACCCUGAUAUCAGACAGCAUGAAGGCGAACCCCAAUAACGUGUUGGAGGGCUGUUGCUCGGACAUGGCAGUCACAUUUACUGGGAUGUCACCAGGACAGAUGCAGGUUAUGAUGUUCGGAGUUUACAGACUCCGUCCUUACGGCCACGAUUUCCAUGACGUGUUAGCCUUUUACCCUCCUGAAGGCUCAAACAAUGACUAGAGACUCAUUCCUUGAAACUGGAUAUGGAUUUUGUUGUUUUUUGUCAUCUAUAAUGGCAAAGCUAGGUUUGGGGAGAUAGUUUUCUUAUGCUGUUGGUAAAACUUGAUUGAGUUGGAACAACUCCUUUAUGUAUAUUUGUACAUUUUGCACUUGGCACAAUCAGCACCCCAUUUCUUUAUGGUGUAGGUGAACAGGCGAUGGGUGUGUCGUCCUUUUGAAUGAAGAUUAAAACUGGGAAAUAGAUCAAAACCUUAUCUGGAGGUUUUAGGUAUUGUCAUUUGUUAUGUAUAUAAAAUGUUUGUCUUUUUGUUGUCUUAAAGCUGCAUUAGUUGUUAAAUAACACUGUUUUGAAACUACUUAAUUUUUGUAAGUGCUUUGCUCUUUGUUAUGAAUUACUAUCUGUGAGAUUACAAACUAAACCGUUUUUAAGAUUUUAGUGAAAUACCAGUCAACAUUAUAUCAAACAUGCCAGAGCCUUGCCCAAGUUUCAUUUUCUUACCAUAGUAUGCUGGGGUUGCAUCCGGAUAUGAAGAACCACAGCUAAAUGGUACUUUUUCGUAAAAUAAAUAAAAUCAAUAUAUGGAGUAUCUUUA